CCCCCUCCCCCACCCCCACGCCCACCCCGUUCCCAGUGACUCACCCCCCCCUGCCAUGGUGUCCGGCACAGAGACUGUGCACUACAUCCACCUUCACAAUUCCAGCCAGUCAGUGCUGGAAGCCCUGCGCACACAGCGGCGAGAGGGCCUCUUCUGUGAUGUGACCGUGCGGAUACACGAUGCCUCGCUGCGUGCCCACGCCUGCGUCCUGGCAGCUGGCAGCCCCUUCUUCCAGGACAAGCUGCUGCUGGGUCAUUCUGAAAUCUCUGUGCCACCGCUGGUGCCCGCUGAAACCGUGAAGCAGCUCGUAGACUUCAUGUACAGUGGCUCGCUGGUGGUGCUGCAGUCACAGGCCCUGUGCAUCCUCACCGCAGCCAGCAUCCUGCAAAUUAAGACGGUCAUUGACGAGUGCACUCAGAUCAUCUCUCAGAGGAAGGCAGCAGCGGGGGCAGCAAGUGCGGCUGCCGCAGCCGCCGCAGCUGCAGCCGCAGGAGGAGGGAUGCUUGGAGGAGUCCUCCCUAAACAAGAGGAGCGUGGCGGGGGGAAAGGGAGAGAGAGUGGCAGCAGUGGAAGCUGUUCUGUUAGUGGCGCAGGUGGGGGUUACGCAAACUUCUCUAAUUUCAUUGCUGAAUGCGGAGGUGGUAACAUGGGUGGGGGGUUGGGGGGUGCCAAUGUUAGUGUCAGUGAGAGCGGCCCAGGCCCAAUGGAUCAAGCUAACACUGUAAGUCUGAUGGCGCUUGGAGACAUGGGCCCCAGUGCCAUGUGUGGUGGUGACACGAUGGGCACUGGGGGCGUCCUCAUGAAGCAGAGCUCUAGCUGUACUCAGGAUGUAAGGUACAAGCUCCGAGACCUGUUGGCACAGACAGCCAACGGAGCCAGCACAAGUAGCACAGGGAACCUCUCUGCGGGCUGCAGCUCCGGCGUGGCCAGUGUGGACAGCAUUGGCAGGGACAGCCUCCGUGGCAACACAACUGACCUCUCUGAUGACCUUGUGGGGAUAGACCGAUACAGCGAAGAGGACGACUUGGAUGGGAGAGAGCGGGGAAGAGAUGGAGACAGAGACAGGGGGGCGAGCCACAGCCGCAAGCAGAGGCAGCCGUUAAGACUCCAGGUGCUGGGAGGAGAGGGAGUGGUGGUCAAGGAUGAAGGGGUUCAGGACGCAGGUGGGACUGUCUAUGCCUUGGAGGAUGGGAGACGAGAUCAAGAGCAGGAGGGAUCCCAGGAAUCCAUGGCAAGUUUUGGACAGGAUUUCUAUGAUGAGCAGGGUGUGUUUUCAGAGAGUUUCUGGCCCCAGAGCGAGCCCCCUCAAGCCAUGGCUUUUAACCCCAGAGGAAGGGUCAACAAGCCGCUGACUCCGCCUCCAACCACACAGAGCAUCAACAACCAGCUUCUGUUCCAGUACCCAGUGAGCCAGUCGCAGCCAGCUCCAUUCUAUGUGGGUGGGCCCAUGGGUGGGAUUGACAGCAUGGCGGGGACAGAGCCCAGUCAGCAGGCUCCGCCCCCAGCACCAAUGACCCCAGCCCCACCUCCCUCCACCUCAUCCUGCUCUGCAGGGCCCUCACCUUCCUCCCAGGGAUCUGAGACCUCUUUCGACUGCACGCACUGUGGCAAAUCUUUACGUUCCAGGAAGAACUACAGCAAGCACAUGUUCAUCCACUCUGGUCAGAAACCUCAUCAGUGCUCCAUCUGCUGGCGCUCCUUCUCCCUGCGGGACUACCUCCUCAAACACAUGGUGGUGCACACUGGCGUCAGGGCCUUCCAGUGCACCAUGUGCGGCAAGCGUUUCACCCAGAAAAGCUCGCUAAACGUGCACAUGCGCACCCACCGUGCCGAGCGCACCUUCCAGUGCAACGUGUGCCACCGGGCCUUUACCCACCGCACCUUGCUGGAGCGCCAUGCCCUGCAGCACGCCCACCACGCCCCGCAGACCCCAGGUCAAGGCCAGGGGCGUGGAGCCGAUAUGACCUCACCUACCAAGCACAGCCCUCCUGCUAUGGGAGGGCCCUCAGGUAUGGCUGGCGCAGCUGGCAUGGUUGGCAGCAUGGCCAACAUGCCCAGCCACGGAGCUUCCUCUACCUAGAGAGAGAGGAGGGAAAGGGGGGGGAGAGAAGCAGGUUUGUGAACCCAUUCCUCGAAUCAACACGUAUUUGCUCCUAACAGCCUUGUUGAUCUUUUGUUCUAAUGGAAAGAGCGCCAUUUUAGCUUAAUGCCACUUUCAAUCAGGGUUCCUACACAGGCCUGGAAGGCUUUUUAAAUUUGGAAAAAAAUGUAUAGGGUGUUUUGGAAUUGCACAAAUAUAAUGGGAACGUGUAGGUAAAAAAAAGUUCAGUUUUUGGAAACCCAUUUGAGCUAAUCGUAGCUGUAAUUCAUGUUGUUACAUCUGCUGCUAGAAGGAUUAAGCUUAUAGAGCAACAUCAUAGCAAUCAUGCCUUGUUGAAUAGCCAUCUGAAUUUUUUUAUUUUUAAUUUUUAUAACUGAGACUUGUGUAGGAGCCCUGUUUUGAAGAGACCAGAGAGUCACCAAAGAGGUUAGGAAAACUGAGCAGGGUUUGGGAGUGGGUGAAGGUAAAGAAAGUUGUAGCGCUUGUUUUUUUUUUUUUUUUCUCGUAGGUGGAGGUGAGGUUGGGAGUGGGAUAACAAUUGGGGCUAUGAGGAGAUGCAAGUUAGGGAAAUGGGAAGAAGAGGUUGGUCAGACUGGAGAUUUGCCAGGCUUCAUUCACCCUCAGUUCAUUUAACUGCAGCUUGUGUCGGUUUUCCUUAAUUCAAACUUACAAGUUCAUACAAAAACAAGCAUGGCGGUGCGUAAACACAGUCACAGACACCUACUCUGUGUGUUGGUUUCAAAUCAGCAUUAAAAGAUUCCACAAUUUAUGAUUGUUUCUCAGAAAUAUACCUUCCAUGUAUCUCUGACUUUUUGGCCAACUUUAAAAACAGUUAUAGCAUUAGCCACGCUAGCAUCUGUUUUUAGUCCAACAGUACAUUAAAGGGGUCGAAUAAUUGGCAGAUAAUAAUUAGAGCAUUUUGACUUCUAUCCCUGCUGUUGUAUAGCCAUUUCUGAUGUGUUGACAAAGAGUAUUGACAAAAAUAGUAAUUUUACCCAAAAGAAGAUAAAAAUUGUUAUUCUACAAUAUGUGACUUUGGUUUAAUGCACUAACAUGUUAAGAUGCCGAAGGAAAAAAAAAAUGAACCACUCAUUUGGGAAGCAGUUCUCAUUUACAAACAUGACCUUUAACACCAAGUGUAUCACCGCCGACACAUUUGUGCAAGUGUACUUUGAAUUUUUCUGAUAGGAGAAAUUGUCGCGUAAUUACGGUAAUGCAAACGGUUUCUGAAAGCUGAGAAAUUGCUCUUCACACCCAACGUAGGGUUAUUACGGUAAUUUCACUCGCGCUGUUGCCAGAAGUCCGUGAACGGUGGCACAUCUGAAACGCGUCGUGUCGGCGACGACACGGUUGGCGUUAAUUAAGGUGUUUCCUACUAUAGGCCAAUUUCUAAAGGUCACUAUAAUGUGCAGCUCAGUUUGAGCCGUUUUCAGGUAGAGAAACGCGUAUCGUGGAUUACGUAUUCAACAGCUGAAGUUAAUGGCUCUCAUAUUUGUUCUCUCAGCAGUAACAUACACACGGGCACAUUCUCAUUAGUGAAACAUUAUUAUGCUUGCCUUUCACUUUUCAGUUUACCUUCAGCGCCUUUUCUUUUUCUCCCCUCUUCAUUUUCUGAUUUUUGCAUAUUUAAGAUUGAAAAAAAAGAAUGCACUGACUGAGUUAAUUGAAUUGAAUGUGAAUGGAGCCUGGCACUAUUCAGGAGCAACCCUCAAUGACAAAGAAGCGUGCUGAUGAAUGAAUCGAAGACGAAGGAAAAUAGUCUGACCGGAGUGAGAAUACAG